AGGACGCCCACAGUUACGUCACUGCCCCGCGCCGGAAGAGCGUGUUUUACCAUGAUCGUCCCUCAAUUUCUGCUCCUGCUCUGGUAUCGUAGAAUCCCGGAAUGAGUCGCAAGAGGCAUCGCAUGGUCCCGGAAACCCUGGGUCUGAAGAGGCGGCGGGAGCGAGGGCCUGUGCACGCGGACCCUCUGAGGGGCGAGUCGGGGUCGGCGCGCGCGGCGCUCGCGGAGCUCGUGCAGCUGUUCCCUCGAGGCCUGUUCGAGGACGCGCUGCCGCCCAUCGUGCUGAGGAGCCAGGUGUACAGCCUCGUGCCCGACCGGACGGCGGCCGACCGGCAGCUGAGGGAGCUUCAAGAGCAGGGUGAGAUCAGAGUCGUCCAGCUGGGCUUCGACUUGGAUGCCCACGGCAUCAUCUUCACUGAGGACUACAGGACCAGGGUCCUCAAGGCCUGUGACGGCCGACCAUGUGUCGUGGCUGUGCAGAAGUUUCUGACUUCGGUGCUUCCAACCUGUGGGGACCUCAGUUUUCAGCAGGAUCAAAUGAUGAAGACCUUUGGCUUCAGGGACUCGGAGAUCACGCAGCUGGUGAACGCCGGGGUCCUCACUGUGCGGGACGCGGGGAGCUGGUGGCUGGCUGUGCCGGGAGCUGGGAGGUUCAUCAAGUACUUUGUUAAAGGGCGCCAGGCUGUCCUCGGCAUGGUCCGGAGGGCCAAGUACCGGGAGCUGCACUUGUCAGAGCUUCUGGGCCGGCGGGCACCCGCUGCUGUGCGGCUCGGCCUGGCCUACCAUGUCCAUGACCUCAUUGGAGCCCAGCUGGUGGACUGCAUCUCCACCACUUCUGGAACCCUCCUCCGCCUGCCUGAGACAUGAGGGCCCUCACUGUGGCGCACUCCUCAGAGCGGGCUAGGGUCCUCCCCAGGCUGGGGAGCUGGGACAAGUGUGGGCUCCCAUGGGUGCAGAAGCCGAACGGGCGCUGCCCCCCGAGGUGUGGAGCUGGAACCUGUGAGGCCUGGGCCACUGCCACCAGGAAGAAGGCGCUGUGGCUGCUCUGUUGGGGUUGGAAGCUGGGGCUGCUGGGAGGCGGGGAGGGAGCCAGUUCUCCGCCCUCGUGUGCAUUGAGGUGCCAAAUAAAGUACUCUGCCUGCGA